AUGACCACUCCCGAAUAUUGGAGCCGGCUACUCAUCGCCCUUUCGAUUGCUGGCGCUGUGUUAGCCACACUGUUCUACUUUCUCCGCCUGUGUAGCCAUCAUUUGAGCGCCGGAAGUCUAGACGCUGGUGACGUAUUUCUAGGUCUAGGGCUUCUCUUGUCCUAUGGCAUCACCAUAACCACGGUCAUCGCGACGUUUGAGGGUGUUGGGGAGGAUAUUUCGACCUUGCCGGCGAAGACUGCUCGCCGCGUAACAAUGAUGUUCUGGAUUACCCAGAAGUUCUGGCCUCCUUCGCAGGUUUGCGUUAAGGUGUCGAUCAUAAUCCUUCUCCGCAGGCUGCUGGGGACUGUGAAAAUCGUGCGCUCUCUGACCAUAUUUCUUAUUGUCUUCACUGUGUCAUGGGGUUUGGCGGCUCUUCUUGCAAAUACCUUCCAAUGCUGGCCGCCACAGUAUUUCUGGAACAAAGAUGUCGAUGGAUAUUGUAUCCAUGGACAGAAGGCCCUUUUUAUGGCCACUGGAGCUGUAUCACUACUCGAGGAUAUUGUGCUCCUUAUAACCCCUAUUGCCAUUGUGUGGAGAUUGCAGAUGUCUCCCCGGAGAAAGAUACUGGUGACGAUCCUAUUUGCUGUCGGUGGAGUGGUGUGUGUUUGUAGCCUUAUGCGACUGAUAGAAUUUCGAGAUUACCACACCGGCAAUUUAAGUGAAAGCGGGACGAAAGAGAGAGUAUGGACGUUACUCGAAAUCGACCUUGCUAUCGUGUGCGCCUCGGUUGUUCUAAUGCCUCCAAUAUUUAGACGUUGUGCGCAAUCUUGUAAACACCGCUAUCAUCAAUCCAAAGGUCGACUUACCGCAUCCGAAUAUACCGAGUUUGAGGACUACUGGCCGUUCCAAAAACACUGCACGAACUUUUCACAGGACCGUUACUCUGAAGUGCGAGCGCAGGCAUACCGUACGCCCAAUACUCACAAGUCUGAACGCCGGAUGAGCAUCGCCCCGGGUGAAAUUAGGGUUGAGACAAGUAUUAAUCGAUGCGUGGACGAUCGCGACGCUCUUUGGCCGCCGGCUAGGAGUAUGUCUUUGGUAUCGGGCACGCAAAUGAUGCUUACCAGGGAAAUGAGAAAAUGGUCGGAUGAUAUGUCGAAUGUUGAUCUUACUGGCGUUGGUUUUGGUCACGUUGCUAGCGUUCCCUAA